AUGCCGACGUUAUUUGCUGAGUCUUUUAUCACGUGGAUGAUUUACCACGUCGUCCUCCACCGCCCUCCAAGUCUACUAAGCCAAGUAAGCAAAGGGGAAGAAUGCAGUCAUUUACAAGAGGAGCGGCCCAAGGACCACCUACAGGGGGAGAAACACAUGCAGAGGGAGCUGACUCCGUUACUCGAAAAAUGGUGUGGUUUACAGUGCCCGUUCGCCAACCCCCACGGCGGGGCGACGAUGAAGGAAACACGGUGCAGGAUAAAUGUGUUGGCGCCAGAUUUCCGAGUAUUGAAGAUCGAGGAAAUCCGCCGAGUUUUGGAACUAAAAGAUUGGAUGAGUAUUCACAAGGAAGGCAGUUCAACUACACGACCCCCGUUGCUAGAUGGAACGAACUAUACAUAUUGGAAAACCAAGAUGAAGAUGUUCAUCAAAUCAAUGGAUGAAGAUUCAUGGCGUACAGUUCUAACAGGGUGGACGAGACCAGUGGCCAAAACCAGAGAAGGUUUUGAGUAUGAAAAACACGAAGAAAACUGGAGCAAGAAAGAACAGGCAGUGGCAAAUACCAAUUCAAAGGCUUUAAAUGCUAUAUUUAAUGCGGUUGACACCAACCAAUUUAAAUUGAUAUCUGGUUGUGAAUGUGCCAAAAGGGCAUGGGAUAUUCUUCAAACUGCGUAUGAAGGAACAGCCUCAGUAAGACUGUCAAAACUCCAGAUGCUUGCCACUCGCUUCGAAGAUCUCAGAAUGAAAGAAGAUGAGACUGUAGCUGACUUCAAUUCGAAGUUAUGCGACAUUGCUAAUGAAGCUCAUGGCCUUGGAGAAACAUAUUCUGAAGAGAAACUGGUGCGCAAAGUUCUAAGAUCUCUUCCAGAUCGAUUUGCAUACAAGAUAACUGCAAUUGAAGAGGCUAAUAAUGUUGAUGAACUCCAUCUUGACGAGCUCAUAGGAAACUUGCAAACAUUUGAGAACAAGCUGAGUAUGAGUAGAAUGGACAAAGAAAGAAAUUUAGCUCUGCAGUCAACCGAUGUUCCAACUUCUGUUGUUCCGACUACUGUUGUUUCCUCUCCUGAUGUACCAACAGUGUCUGCUGUUGAAGCAGAACUUAUCAAAUUAAUGGCACGUAUUGCUGAAAAUUUUGAUAAGAUGGUCAGAGUAAAUGAGAAUCCCUCAAAGGCUGACACACGCCUCCAGAAAAGAAGAAUUCAGUGUAAAGAAUGUCAAGGAUUUGGUCAUACUCAUUACGAGUGUACCAAUAGACUAAAGAAGCGGGAAAAAUCUGUUACUACUGCCAAGAGUGAUGACAUGAAAGACUCCAAUGAGGAGGAAGACAAAAAGGAUGGAAACCUUUUCUGUGGAACUAGCACGAUUAUUCAACCAAUAGCUGAGGCUACAGUGCCUGUGCAGACAUCAUCCAUCAGGUAUGAACAUUCUUUGUCUGAUCACCUUGUCAGUCUAAACUCUUCUUUUAAUACAGGUGAAACCAGCUCAGAUGAUGAAGAGGAGAUUACUGCAGAAAUGAUUCAGCAACAACAAGAUGAAUUGCUCAAAACAUGUCUUGCUGUAGAUGAAAUGAAUAAGUCCUUGAAGACACAAGUUGCUGAGCUCGAGAAAGAUAAAGAGUAUAUAACAGGUAAUCCGAAGCACUUGAAGAACUAUCAGAAAUGUGCAAGUAGACAUGCAACUCUUGGUGAUGGAACUAAGAAACAGAUUCCCCUCGAUUUGAUUCCUUGCGUAAAUCGCUUGGAACUUGUUGUGUUCAUAAAUGAACAAUGA